AAAAAUUACCCACCUGUGAAAUCAUUAAUAGAAGGCCAACGCUUGAGAAUCUUGAUUACUGGUGGUGCUGGAUUUGUUGGAUCUCAUCUUGCAGAUGCGCUAAUGCUUGCUGGUCACGAAGUCACAGUAGCUGACAACUUUUUUACUGGACGAAAAGUGAAUGUCGACCAUUGGAUUGGUCAUAAAAACUUUGAACUACUACAUCAUGACAUUACGGAACCCUUACGAAUUGAAGUGGAUCAAAUAUAUCACUUAGCUUCACCUGCCUCUCCUCCGCAUUAUAUGUAUAAUCCAAUUAAAACAAUAAAAACUAACACCAUUGGAACUAUGAACAUGCUUGGCUUAGCUAAACGCGUCAAAGCGAGACUUCUAUUAGCAUCAACCUCUGAAGUCUACGGAGAUCCUGAGAUUCAUCCUCAGCAUGAAGGUUACUGGGGUCAUGUAAAUUCGAUUGGACCCCGUGCUUGUUAUGAUGAAGGUAAAAGAAUUGCAGAAACGUUAUGCUACGCUUACAAAAAGCAGGAAAAUGUUGCUGUUCGUGUUGCGAGAAUAUUCAAUACCUAUGGACCAAGAAUGCACGUAAAUGAUGGUAUGGUAGUAAGCAAUUUUAUUAUUCAAGCCCUGCAAGGGAAACCGCUAACGGUGUACGGAAAUGGUAAACAAACUAGAUCUUUCCAAUAUGUUAGCGACCUUGUCAGAGGGCUGAUCACGUUAAUGAAUAGCAACGUCUCUUCUCCUGUUAACCUGGGUAAUCCUGAAGAGCAUACAAUUGCUGAUUUCGCUGAAUUUGUAAGAAAAUUCGUAGGCGGUAAAGUACCUAUAGUAAAUAAGCCAAUGCCACAAGAUGAUCCUCGAAAACGAAAACCUGACAUAACUAAAGCAAAAACAUUGCUAAAUUGGAAACCCGUGGUAAGUUCACGCAUACAUUACUUUUCUAAGUUUACUUAUGAAGCUUGA